GCUAGGUACAGUGCAUCCAAAACCGCGACGGUAGGAUAAGAUCGAUAGGUUGGAUCGAGCUCUCCCUGAAGGAAUAUGCAUGUCUGGAGAAGAAUGAGGAUGUUAUUGCUUGCAGUUGUUCAUGCUACGCUACUGAUGCAUGUGUACGUACAUGCAGAGCCCGAUAAUCUAGGGUUCGUGAGCAUCGACUGUGGGCUAAGUGACCCUCCACACGUCGACAUGGUCACCAACAUCUCGUACGUCUCCGAUGACGCGUACAUAGCAACCGGAGAAAAGCACGACAUUUCUUCAGGGUACCCAUGGCAAUACAAGGCAGAUCGAAGCCUGAGGAGCUUCCCGUCCGGCGGCCGGAACUGCUACACCAUCCCCUCUGCCGCGAGAGGCCGAAAGUACCUCGUCAGGGCACGGUUCAUGCACGGCGACUACGACGGCGGGGGCAAGAGCCUCGCGGUCAAGCCGGUGAAGUUCGACUUGAACAUCGGCCUCGACUUCUGGUACAAGGUCACCGUCUCCGACGCUGCGAUACCAUAUACGGCCGAAGCGAUCGCCGUCACCGUGGCCAGCUCGCUGUCGGUGUGCCUGCUGGACACCGGCCAUGGGACUCCGUUCAUCUCAUCGCUGGAGCUGAGGCCGAUGGGCAGCGACAUGUACACCGACGCCACGGCGAACCAAUCGCUUGGGCUCGUCACACGCAUCAACAUGGGCGGGGCGGCCAAUACCCUCAGGUACCCAAACGAUACACAUGACCGUUUCUGGUGGUCACAAGUUUACAUCGAUAUCACGCCGUCGCAUAACAUCUCUACAAAUGAUACCCGCGGUAUGAAUUACUACUCAAAUGACUACAUCUAUGUUCCGGAAGACGUCCUCCGGACCGCGGUCACCACGUCCGCCACUUCUGUCCCUCUCAACAUCACUCAAUCACCAAACUGGCCGACCGAUUGGACCUACUUUCACUUCCUGCACUUCGCCAACUUUGAGCAGCAGCUACGUCAAUUAGACAUAUAUUACGGCAAGAACAAGUGGGAAUACAGCCCGCUAAGUUUGUCUUCCAUGCAGCCAACAUACAGCCCGAUUGUUGCCAGUUUGUGUAACAUCUCAAUAGUCGCCACCAACACCUCCGUGCUACCACCCAUGCUCAAUGCCAUCGAGAUAUACUUUGGCAUCCCACGUAACGACAGCGCCACCUCUCCAGACGAUGGUAACAUAUAUAUGCCAAAUAUUAAUUAUAUAUUCGUGUAAUUUAGCUACUACUUCCGUAAGACCGUAACUACUCUCUCUCUCUCUCUCUCUCUCUCUCUCUCUCUCUCUCUCUCUCUCUCUCUCUCUCUCUCUCUCUCUCUAUAUAUAUAUAUAUAUAUAUAUGGGCCUGAUUAUAUUAAUUAAGAAAAUAGAUUGUAAAAAUGUUGUUAUAUGCAAGACCACCGAUACCUUCCCAAAAUUUCCUAGCUUGCGUAAUUUACUGCCUUGCAGGCUUUAAAUUUCUGCCGGGCUCUUGACACCUUAAUUACUGGAAAUUCCAAAGGGUGUGCAAAGGCAAAAAUAUUUAUUCAGAAUUGACCAAAAAGUCACAAUAUGCAUGACAUCAAAAUCUGAGGAAAAUAGCGAGCAUAAAAGAGCAUUAAAAUUAGCUUAAGAACAUAAACAAUAUUUUAGACGUCUGUUGUCUAUAAAAUAUUUCCAUGUCAUAUUUAUAGGGAGAACUUGUAUGUUUAACUAUUUAACAUAUAUAGACACAUAUAAUUAACGAUUUUAUUCUGUAGACAACCUAUACAAAGAUAUGUGUGAUGUUAAACUGUC